AACCGGGCUUGCCUCCAUCAUGGUCCCAUGGAGCUCCCCCGGAAGGGGAGGGACUUCGCCACUCUAUUGGAAAAAAGCUUGGAUUGCUGCUCAUACCAGGUCCUUUUAAUGAGUCGGCCCACCGCAGCAGACAGAUGCUGGCGGGGGUUUCUAAACAGCGAUGUGCUCUACAGAACGGCUUCUUCGAUCAGUCCUUCAAACGGAUAUUUGAGCGAGAAGCUCUGAGUGACCCUGUGAGACUGGCCCGGCAGAACCGCAACCAGCAAAACAACAAGAACCUUGGCAAGGCCUUCCUGCCCUGUAACAGAGUCACACAGCCCUGUGGGUCAGGCAGUUACUACGGGACUCUGUCAGGACCGUUGGAGGCCAUGAGUCCGCUAUCAGUCACACAGAAAGCCCACCGCUCUCCUGGACGCAACAUCGUCACCUCCCCCUCCAAGAAAGGCAGUGGUUACAGCUAUCCCAAUGUGACUCUAUCCAGAAUUGAGUUGUAUGCGUCCGACCCAUACAGCAGAACCAGAGAAGUUCUAAAGAAGGAGGCAGCAAUCCAUCACUCCAAGUUAAAAGAUGGCCCCUUCAGACUCAACCUCCAUCCAAGAGAUUAUUUCCAAGGCAACCCAUACCAUAGUGACAAGCCCCUCCCACCCGCAAACAAGCCCCUCUCAUCUGACCAGAAGAUUUCUGUAGUCCCCUUCAAGCCCCCGUCCCCCAACAAAAAGAUUGGAGGAAUGAAAGCAGGGACGUUUGGCUCCUACCCCAUGCAUUCUGCUGAUCCAUACGCCCUCCGCCGAUCCAAACAAGCUGUUCAGGAGCCAGUGUUCUAUCCCGCUCCUGGUCCCAAGAGUGUACCUGUCAAGAGUAUCAUCUCUGUCAAUGUGAACAGGUUUGACCCCUACCUCUAUUCUUCUUCUUGCCUUUAUUUUUUUUCACUUGGAAUGCUUUCAGUCUCUGCACUCGACCUUGUUACUUUCAAUAUUGCAAG